AUGUCGGGAGAGGACGACACCUUCGACAUCGACAUCUACGGCGACGAGGGAAAGGACACCCAGCAAGCGAAUGUGAACGAGGAUGAGGAUGAACUAGUAUUCGACGACGAUCCGCAAUACGGCUAUGAUGGGCAGCAAGACAGCAGCCACGAUCAGAACGGAGUAAAGCAAGAGCAGGACAGCGCCUUCCAACAAGCACAUGACGCCGGAAACUCGUCAGCACAACCUCAACCACAGCAAGGCACCAAGCGCAAAGCAGAAGACGAUGGCUACGAUAACUACUCACAUCAAGUCAAGCAAGAGACACCUUCGGCCUCCAACUUUACUCAACCUAUCAACCCUUCUGCAACUCCAGCACUCAAGAUCACGGAACUUCACUGGUGGACGACGGAAGAGGAUCUCCGGGCUUUCUGCGCUUCCGCGAAUGCCGAAACCCAGCUUCGCGAUAUCUCUUUUGGCGAGCAUAAGAUCAACGGCAAGUCACGAGGCGAAGUGUAUCUUGAAUUCAGCUCCGCAGCCGCUGCCGACGCGGUGAAGCGGGAAGUCGAAAAGAAGGAAACGAAAACCGAGAAUGAGGAACCGAAGCGCAUCAACAAUUUCCACAUCUUCUUCACUGCGGUUGGCAAUCCUUUCCGCGGAAGAGACAGCGGCGCGCAGGGCAAGAAGGACUUCAACAAUGCCUCUGGUGGACGUGGCGGAGCUUAUAACCCCAACUUUGGUGGUGGACGUGGCAACUUCCAACGAGGCGGAGGCUUCAACCGCGGAGGCGGCUUCAAUAACCGUGGCGGAGGUUUCCAGCAGCAAGGCGGUUGGAACCAGGGAAUGGGUGGUGGAUACGGAGCUCCUAACCCUAUGAUGGGCGCGCCGAUGAUGAUGGGGAUGGGUGGAAUGGGGAUGGGGUUCAACAACAUGGGACGCGGUGGGGGUAUGAACAUGGGUCGAGGCGGCAUGAUGGGCGGCAUGAAUAUGGGGGCCAUGGGCGGACGAGGAGGUAUGAUGGGAAGAGGUGGGUGGGGUGGUGGUGGUGGUAACCUUCAGCAAGGUGGAAUGCAGGGUGGAUAUGGAGGUGGUGGAUAUGGGAUGGGAAUGCAGGGCGGUGCGAACAAGAGGAUGAAGAACGAGUAG